CUCAGGCAGUUCACUGGUGUUUGUCUGGUCCAUCGUGCUCAUUUCAGAGAUGUCCACUGAAUGUUAAUCAUCACUAAAGCUGGUCUUGAGGGAAAAAACAGAUCACUGACAUUUCUCUACAUCUGUAUGACUGAGGCUUUAGCAAUUAUUUUCCCAGUGAUUGGAAUCAACCUUCAGAAAUGACUUGCAAAGAGUCAGAAAAUGCUCAAAAUCUCAAUGGAUACUUAAAAUGAGAGAACUUGAUGGAUAAAUAAUGUUGACCUUACUUCUGUUGCUACAGCUGUACAAAUCGCUGGCUGACCAAGUGUGCCUCACCAUUUCUAAUCACACUAUUGAAAUUAAUGGAACUGAUGCAAACAUCACUGAACAUCAAAAUAAGAUGGUGGACUGUCAGAUGGACUGUCAGGCUUCCUGCGUCUUUCUAUGCAACUUAGGGGAAAAGGCAUGGUUCAAUGGUACAUCUGAUUGCUUGGAUGUUAAGAAAAAAACAGCUACUGAAACUGAAAUAAUUUAUAAUCUGGAAGACAAUCACACUUGCUCCCUGUACCCAUGCCUGAACAGUUCCAUCUUGCGACUGAUUGAUUCUCUGGAUUAUAAACAGAAAAAUGUGAUAACACUCUUCAACAUAAGAAAUUUGUGUUUAGACCUCUUCAGUAAUAAUCGAAAACUCAAGUGGACCUUUAUAAAUGAAGAAAGAAAGGCCAUCCAUACCCUCAUAAAUAACACCCAGACUGAGGUUGCAUUGUCCAGUACCUACAACCAGCAGUACUUGUCUCUGAAUGUGAUCAACAUCAGCAAGGCCCCGGUGAAUUCCAUAGUCGAGAUAGAAGCUCCCCAGCUGUACCCUCAGAACCAUUCAUUCAUCCCUAAGAUUUGGCUGCCUGCCGAUGCUUUAAAGACAAUCCCAGAGGAGAAGAGGGUUAUUGGUUUGGUCAGCUACAUGUAUCAUGGCCAUUUCCAAUUUGAUCAGGAGAAGAUUUUAUCAGUGGUUCUCAGGAUAGAGGUGCUGGGGGAAGAGCACCUCAGAAAUCUGGCUUCUCCAAUCAAGAUGACUUUUAGAGUUAAAACAGACAAAGGCACACUAGAUAAUGACUCACAGCUAGUCUGUCACUAUUUUGAUGAAUUUGAUGAACAUGGCUCACCCUGGAAAACAGACGGAUGUAAGACUCAAAGCGUCAACCAAUCAGAUGAACAGGACAUUGCGUGCUAUUGUGACCAUGCAACACCGUUUGCUGUUCUUCUGAUAAGAGGUCAAAUUGCAGCAGUCCACUGGAAAAUAUUGUCAUACAUCAGUUACAUAGGCUGCGGUCUGUCAGCUUUCUUUACUGCUUUGUCUGUUUUGAUGUAUGCUUUCAGUCGUAACCGCAAACUGGACUACUCCCUAUCUAUUCACGUAUCCCUGAGUGGGGCCUUGUUUCUGCUCAAUUCAUCCUUCCUGCUGACUGAGUGGGGAGCUACACUGGUGCUAGAGGGUGUGUGUGUGUUUGUUGCAGCAUUCAUGCAUUACUCCUUGCUCUGCAGUUUCACCUGGAUGGCCAUAGAGGGACUUCACCUCUAUCUACUGCUGAUCAAGGUGUUUAACACCUACUACAAACACUACCUACUGAAACUUUCACUUGUGGGUUGGGGUAUUCCUGGUGUAAUUGUGGCAGUCUCUGUAGGAGUGAUGGAUUUCAAACAGUUUUAUGGAGUUAAACAGAUGACCAUGGCUGACACCAACCAAACUAGUUCGAUUUGUUGGAUCACUGACGACACCUUCUUCUACUCCUUGAACCUGGUAUAUUUCAUCCUUGUUUUUAUCUUUAACGCUGGCAUUCUCAUGGCAGUGGCUUCCAGCAUAUGUAAGAUGAAACAAGUGUUACAGACUACCUUAAAGACAGGAGCCACAGCUAAGGGGAAGUUGUGGGGAGACCAAGAGAGGCUUAGCGCAUCCUGUAAGAGUGGCCUGACAUUGUUUGGUCUUACCUGCCUGAUGGGUACCACCUGGGGCCUGGCCUUCCUGGGUUCUGGAUAUAUCAACUACCCCAUUCUCUACCUUUUCUGCAUCCUCAACUCCACACAAGGUUUCUUUAUCUUCCUGUGGAUUUGUCUGUCAGCAAAGAAGCAGAGAAAGAGGGCUAUGGAGGACCGAACAUCUUCAGCUCCUGUGAGGACUACAGAAAUCAAAUCUGAUUAGAGUUCCUCUCUACCAUUUCUGCUCUACAUGUAAUCUCCUGUUAUGUUAGACUUGAAAACACACUGAAACUUUUAAUACUAUCUCUUUUUAGUAUGCCUGUAUUGUCUAUAUCAGGGGUCCCCAAUCCCAGUCCACGAGGGCCGGUG